GUGACUGCACACACGAUGAGGACGCUGGAGUCGUCUGCAAGGACGAGAGGCUUCCUGGGUUUGUCGACUCCAACGUCAUCGAUGUGCAGGUGGAUGAGGACAGGGUGGAGGAGGUGCGUCUGCGCUCGGUGGUGCCCACCAAAAAGAUGCCCGUCACCGAGGGCGUGGUAGAGAUUAAGUACAAGGACGGCUGGGCCCAGAUCUGUGAUGUGGGGUGGACCCCCACAAACACUCGGGUCAUCUGUGGUAUGCUGGGGUUCCCCCAUGAGAGAAAGGUCAACAAGAACUUCUACAAAGCCCGUCUGGGAAAGAGAGCAGCUGAGAGAGAAGCCAGAGCCAAGGUUAAGGUUUCUGCUGGUGCCAGGCUGCCACCUAAAGCUCAUGCUAAACCAUUCACCUCUGGGUUAAAGAAAAGACUGAACACAGAGCGUCAGAAGCACCGGUACCGCCUCCACUCUGUGGCAUGUGUUGGCACUGAGGUCCAUCUGGCAGCCUGCCCCCUGGAGACCAACAAGGGUAAUGCCACAGAGUCGUGUGAAGGUGGCAUGCCAGCCGUGGUCAGCUGUGUACCCGGACCCCAGUACAUACAGAACAGCGGACUGAAGAAGAAGAAGCUCAAAACUACGAGCACGGUGAGGCUGAAGGGUGGUGCCAAGCUGGGUGAGGGCAGAGUGGAGGUGCUGAAGAACAAUGAGUGGGGCACGGUGUGUGACGACCGUUGGACCCUGCUGUCAGCCAGUGUUGUGUGCAGGGAGCUGGGCUUCGGAUCCGCCAAGGAGGCUCUGACUGGAGCUCGCAUGGGAGAAGGGAUGGGUCCUAUCCACAUGAAUGAGGUCCAGUGUCUGGGGACGGAGAAGUCGAUGUGGAACUGUGGCUUUAAGAACAUAACCUCAGAGGACUGCCAACAUGUAGAAGACGCCGCUGUGAGGUGCAACACGCCGUACAUGGCUCUGGAGAACUCGAUCCGCCUGACAGGGGGCCGUACGCGGUAUGAGGGGCGGGUGGAGGUGCUGAGCACAGAGGCUAACGGGACCAGGAGCUGGGGCCUGAUAUGUGGAGGGGCCUGGGGCACCAAGGAGGCCAUGGUGGCCUGCAGACAGCUGGGGCUAGGCUACGCUAACAACGGCCUGCAAGAAACAUGGUACUGGGACAGCAGUAACGUAACAGAGAUGGUGAUGAGUGGAGUGAAGUGUACAGGGAGCGAGAUGUCUCUUAGCCACUGUCAGCAUCACAAAACCGUCAGCUGUCAGCAGACAGCUGCUAAGUUCUCUGCUGGCGUCAUCUGCUCAGAGACUGCGUCUGACCUGGUCCUGAAUGCUCCCCUGGUCCAGCAGUCCGUGUACAUUGAGGACCGCCCGCUCCACAUGUUGUACUGCGCAGCGGAGGAGAACUGUCUGUCUAAGUCUGCUGCUAGUGCUAACUGGCCCUACGGACACCGCCGCCUGCUACGGUUCUCCUCUCAGAUCCACAACAUCGGACGGGCCGACUUCAGGCCCAAGGCUGGACGCCACUCCUGGGUCUGGCACGCCUGUCACGGGCACUACCACAGCAUGGACAUCUUUACCCACUACGACCUGCUGUCGUCCAAUGGGACCAGGGUGGCUGAGGGACACAAGGCUUCCUUCUGUCUGGAGGACACCGAGUGUCACGAGGGUAUCUCUAAGCGGUAUGAAUGCGCUAACUUCGGAGAGCAGGGCAUCACCGUGGGGUGUUGGGACCUGUAUCGCCAUGACAUUGAUUGCCAGUGGAUCGACAUCACCGACAUCAAACCAGGAAACUACAUCCUACAGAUUGUGAUCAAUCCAAACUUUGAAGUGGCAGAGAGUGACUUCACCAACAACGCCAUGAAAUGCAACUGCAAGUACGACGGCCACCGGAUCUGGCUUCACAACUGCCAUAUGGGUGAUGCCUUCAGUGAGGAGGCAGAGAGGAAGUUUGAGAAAUACCCAGGACAGCUCAACAACCAGAUCUCAUAAUCUGCCUAGCAACACACCAAAUCUCAUCCGACCCCCAUUGUACAAAAAAAAAAAGGGGGUGGCUGAUGCGUCUAACCAUGUUCAACAAUGGGAUAACCAAUCACCUGCCAGAAACCCAAUUUAUUAUCAUAUCCCAAACCAACCAACCAAUCACAACCAACAUCUUUAAAUCACAAGCAACAUUCCACAGGGCAGCAGUCAACAAAGUGAUCUUAGACCAGGAUUCAAUCCGAACGCAUUUUUCUCGACCACAUUUUAAUAAAAGGUAUUGUUUCCUGGGUUUGCAGAGACCGCAUUCACGGUAAAACGCUCCGUGUGUCGGCUUCAAAUGACCUUUAAAAUGUCAAGCUCGCUCUACCGCGGGUCAGAUUGAAUCCAGGCCUUGACAGGAGGAGCCGUGUUAUAUGGUGAAUCAUGUGUUGGUCUAUGUUCCAUUGUGUCAUAUAGUGAAUGGUGUAUGUUGGUGUUAUUGUUAUUAUACUUGAAUACUUAGUGCUCUAAGAUUUUAUUUUUUAACAAACUUAUUUCAGAUUUUGUUUUUGUUCAAACGUGAGUAUAUUAUGCUCAAUUCUGUCACAGAAGAACAAGUCACAUGAUAUCAUACUGGUCUUAAUGAAUGUUUGACUGAUUGAUGUCUGACGUUCAACCUUUUCAUUCAUGUUUUGUUAAAGUUAUGAAUGAAGUUUAGUGUUUUUUUUGUCCAGUCUGUAGUUUUGAAAGGUGACCCAGAGGUGUAUUCACUAGGAACCAAGCAGAAGCAAACGAAAACAGGCAAAGGACCUACCUACAUUUGUCCAAUAUAAGCUCUUUGGUUUCGUUGCAAAACGUUUUCAGUUGUUUUGCUACGCUGUGCACUAAUGAAUACACCUCAGGAGAAGCCGCUCGUCCUUAUUCUGCUACAAGACAUCUUCAUAAUGACCUGAGGUAUCACAGUCGAACCAUCCAAUGUUGUAGCAUCUCCAUGUAGUUCUCAUAGUUCACACGUUAAGAUCUAUUUAGAUCAAAUUCAAAUCUGGACCUUGAAGCCAGUUCCUCUGCUUUUUCCAUUCUUCCCCUCUAAUCAGGGACUGAUUUAGACCUGGGACACCAGGUGGGUGAUUCCCCUCUAAUCAGGGACUGAUUUAGACCUGGGACACCAGGUGGGUGAUUCCCUCUAAUCAGGGACUGAUUUAGACCUGGGACACCAGGUGGGUGAUUCCCCUCUAAUCAGGGACUGAUUUAGACCUGGGACACCAGGUGGGUGAUUCCCUCUAAUCAGGGACUGAUUUAGACCUGGGACACCAGGUGGGUGAUUCCCCUCUAAUCAGGGACUGAUUUAGACCUGGGACACCAGGUGGGUGAUUCCCUCUAAUCAGGGACUGAUUUAGACCUGGGAUACCAGGUGGGUGAUUCCCCUCUAAUCAGGGACUGAUUUAGACCUGGGACACCAGGGGGGUGAUUUCCCUCUAAUCAGGGACUGAUUUAGACCUGGGACACCAGGUGGGUGAUUCCCCUCUAAUCAGGGACUGAUUUAGACCUGGGACACCAGGGGGGUGAUUUCCCUCUAAUCAGGGACUGAUUUAGACCUGGGACACCAGGUGGGUGCAAUUAAUCAUCAGAAAACCCGUAGUACUCCGGACCUUAGGGUAAAUGCAAAUUGUAAAGUGUUGGUCCCAUGUUUCAUGAGCUGAAAUAAAAGAUCCCAUAAGUUGUC